UUUCCCGUAAACAAAAUGUCAGCCUGCUGUCGACAUCGGCAGCUGAUCUGAGAGCAGUUUACAGACGGUCUGAUGUUGACGUUUGGCACCUCUCCUUCUGCUGAAUUGAAGUCACUUUUGUCUCUGCGUAUUUCUUUUUGACUCUUAUCAUGAUCAUCACCAACGGCUCGUGUUAAUCGCCACCUGGGCCCACAUUUUAACGCCAGAAAUCUACAGAGGAGAGCAAGAAUGGAAGAGAAAGCCUUGGAGGUUUACGAUGUGAUCCGAUCCAUCCGAGACCCGGAGAAGCCCAACACACUGGAGGAGCUGGACGUGGUGACAGAGAAUUGCGUGGAGGUCCAGGAGCUGGGUAACGACGAGUAUCUCAUCAUCAUCAAGUUCUCCCCAACCGUCCCACACUGCUCCCUGGCCACCCUCAUCGGUUUGUGUUUACAAGUCAAGCUGGAGAGAUGUCUACCCUUCAAACACAAACUGGAGAUUUACAUCAGUGAAGGAACACACUCCACCGAAGAGGACAUCAACAAGCAGAUCAACGACAAGGAACGUGUUGCAGCCGCCAUGGAAAAUCCAAACCUCAGGGACAUCGUGGAGCAGUGCAUCAUUGAACCUGAUGAUUGACUCCACACACAGUUGGUGUGUGUAUAUGUGUGCGUGUGUGCGUGAGUUUGUGUGUAUACAUUCAUUCAAGGUGUUGAGUCAGCUUGUGAAUGCGUGUUCAGGUGUGGCAGAGCCUCACUUUCUUGUAAAAAAAAAAAACCACACAAUGAUUAUAUAAAAUGAUUUUGUGCUAUUUUUAAGCUUUGGAGUCUAAUGAUUCAUUUUGAAUCUAAUAAUGUCCAUGUUGUUAUCACGAAUCAGCUUAUUUCCUGUUCAAUUACGUGUGCUACGGAAGUGAUACAGCAAGCAGCCAACCUCACCUUGGAUUGCGCAAGCUCUCCCGAAAAGCCCAAAUAGCAUUGCAGCGCAUCAUUUAUUGGUAAUAUUACUACACUACACCAGAGGAGGCUAUUGACCAUAGCAUGUUGUUUUCUUGUCUCCAAAAACACUUGCAAUGUGCAUUCUGGCUUUCCAUAGUCAUAUCCGUGCCUUAAAUAUUAUGUUAACAAACAGUUUCCUUUAAACCAGAUGAACGAUAAAUGUUAAGAUAAAAUUUGA